AUGACCAUUCCAUCUGCGAAUGUACAAGCUGCUAAAGCACAACUGUGCUUUAGCAGCUUAAAAAAAACACCUGCGAAUGUACAACCUGCUAAAGCACAGUUGUGCUUUAGUAGCUUGUACAUUCGCAGAUGGAAUGGUCAUUUCGCUGAUGAGUCAAUUCCAUCUGCGAAAUUGAAGGAAAGAACACGCCUCUUCUUUGAUAUUCAUCGUCGAUCGUUUUAUUCUUUUCUUCAUCAAGAUCGGAGAUUUGAAUUUUCGUUCAAGAGGAGUCGUACAACAACAAAAUAUAUAUUGACAAAACUGAAUGUUCUAAUGGAAACCAAAGGUGGGAAAAAGUCUAGUAGUAGUAGUAGUAGUAAAGCGUUUUAUGAAGCUCCCCUAGGAUACAGCAUUGAAGACGUUCGCCCAAACGGAGGAAUCAAGAAAUUCAGAUCUGCUGCUUACUCCAACUGCGCUCGCAAACCAUCCUGA